AUGGAGGCAGCCAGAGUGGAAGAGGGGAUGGAGGCAGCCAGAGUGAAAGAGGGGAUAGAGGCAGCCAGAGUGGAAGAGGGGAUGGAGGCAGCCAGAGUGGAAGAGGGGAUGGAGGCAGCCAGAGUGGAAGAGGGGAUGGAGGCAGCCAGAGUGGAAGAGGGGAUAGAGGCAGCCAGAGUGGAAGAGGGGAUGGAGGCAGCCAGAGUGGAAGAGGGGAUAGAGGCAGCCAGAGUGGAAGAGGGGGAUGUUAUAGGGGGGAAAGAGGAAGAACCUUUUAGAGAGGAAGAGGAUGCUAUCUCAAUAAAGGUGAAGAAGGAAGACGUUUUGGGAGUGAAAGAGGAGGACACAGAGGAUCCGAUUAACACCAGAGAGAGACAUGACUAUCGUGGAUCCUCUGGGGAGCCUCAACAACAUCCUGAUGCUGACGAGGCAGAGAAGAGUCUCUCCAGAUCAGAACACCAGAUGGACAACGCUAGCCCUUCCUCCCUCCCGGAGUCCCCGUGUCGUACCUCUCCCGGUAGCACCUUACUGCUGGGUAUGAAGAGGUUGUCUGUGCUGCUGGUGGACUGCAGGAAAACAACAGGGCUGAGUGGAACUGUGAGAGGAGGAGAAGAGAUGAAAGGAUCAGAUUUGACUCAUCAAAAAGAGAGACCCGACUCAGAGGAACCAGAGACGUCUGAACCAGCGAGACGACACCACUGUUCCCAGUGUGGAAAGAGUUAUACCCGUUUAUGGAGCCUGAAAAACCACAAGAGAACACAUGCAGGGAAGAAGCCUUAUCACUGCUCUCAGUGUGGAAAGAGUUUUACCCGGUUAGGGAACCUUGAAAUACAUAAAAGAAUACACACAGGAGACAAGCCUUACCAUUGCUUCCAGUGUGGAAAGAGAUUUAUCCAGUCAACACAUCUGAACGAGCAUAAGAGAAUACACACAGGGGAAAAACCAUUCCAAUGCUCUCAGUGUGGAAGGACAUUUUCCCGAUCAGGGGACCUGAAAUCUCAUAAAAGAAUACACACAGGGGAAAAGCCUUACCACUGUUCCAGUUGUAAAAGUAGUUUUAGCUGGUCAGGGCACAUCUGA